AUGAGCAGAGCGCUGGACGCGCUGCCGUUACAGCUCCAAUACGGCAACAUCACGAUACUCACCAGGAACAAGGCAGCAACGCAAGCGGUCAGCCGACCACACCACCAGUCGGGACAGGAAGACAUACGGCGCAUCUAUGCCACCAUCGGCAAGCUACGUAGCAGGGGAAACAGCGUCUCGAUCCGCUGGAUUCCCACUGGGACCGAAGGAGACCUCACGCGAACAGCGAAGGGAGCAGCCAAACGAAGCGCGAACCCGCAGAAGCUGCCGGUGAGAAGUCCGUACCGGGCGGCAUCAACCACGCUCGCGGCAGCGAGAAAGGACCAAGCAGACUGCCAGACCCUACCAGACGAAGUGGGCAAAUACUCCAAGAGAAUCGGCACGGCACUACCGGGAAAGCACACGCAGUGCUCGCACAACUACGAACGGGGAUGA